UGCCUCUCCUGGUCGCUCUCUCCACCCUCCUAUCCUGCAACCCAAGACCAUACCGUCUCCCUCUCCAGCCGUCCAGCGCAGCGCAGCAGCCAUGGUUCCUCAAGCCGCAUUCCUCCUGGCACUCGUUGCCGCCGCCGCCGCCGCCGCCUCCACCUGGCCGUCGACGGAGGCGGCGGGCUCCUGGACCACGACGAACGCGCCCGCCGCGUCGUGCUCCGGCGCGGGGACCUUCGCGGCAGACAGCGCGUUCGCGGGCAACCUGCGCCGGCUCAUGUCCGUCCUCGAGGCCAGGGCCGCCGCCGGCGGCGGCUUCGACAUCGCCACGGUGGGCGCCGGAGCCGGCGGCGCGCGCGUGCACGGCCUGGCGCUGUGCCGCGGCGACGUGGCGCGCGCGGCGUGCGCGCGGUGCGUCCGGUCCGCGCGGGCCCACGCGCGGCGCCUGUGCGCGUCCAGGACGGACGCCGUCGUCUGGCUCGACGCCUGCACGCUCCGCUACUCCGCGCGCGCCUUCUUCGGCGAGGUCGACCGGGACCACCGCGCCGUCGCGGCGCUCCGGGACGCGAGGCCGGCCGAGCUCGGCCGCGAGGUCGUCGCCGGCCUGCUGACGCGGCUCACUAGGACGGCGUACCUCUCGCCGCUGCUGUUCGCCGCCGGGGAGGAGGACGCUGCAGUCGGCCAGCAGCAGAGGCUGCGCGCCAUGGUGCAGUGCACCAAGGACCUCUCCGGCGGGGACUGCAAGGCCUGCCUGGAGGCUGCCAUUGCGCAGCUGCUGGCCAGGGGACGGGCGCCGGAGGGCGCCAGGGUGCUGGGCGGAAGCUGCAGCCUCAGAUACGAGCUGUCCCCGUUCAUUUCUGACUCCUAACACAAGAUAGCUACUGUGACUCCAUAGUUUUUGCUUAAUUGCACCUGUAAUCUGUAAAUUGCGGUGUCAGAGCUCACGUUCGAGAUUCCAAGGGAAUCAAAUACAGCAAAAGUGUUUAUUUCAAG